AUGGCCGCCUCCGACUACGAGAUUUGGACCGUGGAGGAGCCCUACCUCGAGUCCCACUGUAAGCUGGGCGAAGGUCCCUUCUACGAGAAGGCCACCAACAUUCUACGAUUCGUCGACAUCAUCCAGCACCGCGUGCAUACCGUCAACCUGACCGAAGGCCCUUCAUCCUUCCAGACCAUCCAGCUCGACUGCCCCGUCACAGUGACGGCAGACAUUGAGGGCAUUGACCCGGCGGAGAAGAUCCUCAUCGGUGUCAAGUACGGUCUCGCCAUUCUCGAUCGCAAGACGGGCAAGUAUGAGUAUGUCGCCAAGUUGGCCGAGACUCCCAACGAGAGGUUGCGGACGAACGACGGCGGUGCGGAUCCUAAUGGGAGGUUCUGGCUCGGAACCAUGACGGAUUUCAACCUCGGAGAGUUCCAACCUGAGGGCGGUCUCUUCCGUUUCGACGGCACCGCUACCUCCGAGCUCAUCAAGGACCUCACAAUCCCCAACUCAGUCGGCUGGUCCCCCGACAACAAAACACUAUACUUCACGCACUCCACCUCGGCCGAAGUUCUGGCUUUCGACUACGACGUCGAAACGGGCGGCAUCUCCAACCAGCGAGUCUUCUACAAGCACGAGGGCUCCGGCGGACCCGACGGCUUCCGCGUCGACGUGAACGGCUUCAUCUGGCACGCCGUGUACGGAGAAGGGAGAGUUCUCAAGAUCAACCCCGAGGGAAAGCUCGUGGGGGAGGUUAGGUUGCCGACGAGGAACAUUACCUGCACGCAGUUUGUGGGGACGGAAUUGUUUAUUACUACGGCGAAUGAUGAUGAGGCGGAGGGUGGGGAGAGGAGCAAGGCGUUGGGCGGUGCGGUCUUUAGGGUUGAUGUUGGGGUUGAGGGGCUGCCUCUGUUCCCUUAUAAGUUGCAGGCUUGA